AUGGUACCGUCUCUGGAAGCGGACGAGGAGCGCCACUUGACGGUGGACCGCUUGGGCCCGAGCCUCAUCGUGCUGCACGCACUGCACUGCUCGCUGCCGCGCGGCUUGCAAGCAGAGACGUUAGCGUCGUUCGAGGACCUCUUCGCCUACGCCAUCGAGCACUCCAACAUGACGUCGUGGGAGAUACCAGUGAGUGCAUACCCCUCGUCGCUCGCGCUGGCCUACAUACGCUAUAGCCAGCUCGCGGCGCUUCCAGUCGCACUGGCGUCGCCGCCAUCGCAUCUCGUUGGCAUCUUCCUCGACUCGGCGCCGAUCGUCGACGUGCCCAUCGCUGUGUGGGCCAACUGGACGCAGCUCUCCAGCUUGUGGCUCUGCAACAUCAGUCUUCAGGUUUUGCCGGAGUCGAUCGCAGCACUGCAGAAUCUCCAGUUUCUGGUGCUGAGUAGCAACAAUGUCUCGCGUCUCCCGCACGCUCUUCGCACCAUGCCGCUACUGCAAAAGCUCUACAUGGACGCCAAUCCGAUCACCGAGUUCCCAGUGACGCUGCUCACGGCCAACCCGACGCUGGACCUCGCGCUCGACCAAACGCAAAUUGCAACGAUCCCUGACACGCCGGCGGUCCGAGCGGCACUGGCCAAAGGCCGUGUGCACCUCCGCUCGACACCCUUUUGUAUGCGUGAGCAAGGAAACCACUUUGCAGCGAUGCUAUCGCCGGGUAUGUGCGAGGCGGCGUGCGCGCCUUUCUGCGCCGACGCGCGUCGAGGCAACCGGUUUUGCGACGCGCCGUGCAACGUAGCUGCUUGUGCCUUUGACAAUGGCGACUGCGCCGAUUAG